AGUUGACUUUUCGAGCUUCCUUCCCGCGCACGUCGCGUUUGUAGCAGUUGGUCAUGGUCGUCCGCCAAACGAAAAGCCGCCAUGAUGGCUUUCUGUAAAAUACGCUCAAUAUGUAAAGUUUCGUUAUUGUUUUUCAUUAAUUGUGACUGAGUGCGUGCAAAAAUUAAUCAUGGGAACGAACUAGAGUAUGCAAAGUGUUAUUUAAGGUCCUUUAGGACCUCCUAGAGGAGCUAAAAAGUGUGAUAGAGGCGCGUUUAAGUGUCGACGCUAGCGUGUUUUGCUCUGUCAACAAGAUGUCGAAGCUCUCUUUUAGGGCGAGGGCCCUGGAUGCAUCGAAACCAAUGCCGAUAUACCUCGCCGAGGAGCUUCCGGACUUACCGGACUACUCGGCGAUUAACCGUGCAGUACCUCAAAUGCCUUCUGGUAUGGAAAAAGAGGAAGAAAGUGAACAUCACCUCCAGCGAGCGAUAUCAGGAACUGGUCUAAUAAUUCCAACGCCAGAAGUGAGUCAAGCGGACCUCGAGUUCUACGAGCGAUGUUAUCCCCCAGAUUACAAGAUGCCAAAACAACAUAUACAUAUGCAACCGCUGUGGGAGGAGCAAGAAACCCCGGAGUACGAUAUAGACUCGGAAGACGAGCAGUGGUUGAAACAGCAAAGGCAUCCCGAGCUGACAGAACUAAAAUUCGAGCAAAUGAUGGACAAGUUGGAAAAGAGCUCCGGUCAGACGGUAGUGACGCUCAGCGAGGCAAAGUUAUUGCUAGAGAGGCAAGAUGACCUGGUCAUUGCCGUGUAUGACUAUUGGCUGAAUAAGCGGUUGACUACGCAACAUCCAUUGAUUCUAUCGGUGAGGACAGAGAGCCGGCCAGGUCAAUCUGCAAACAACCCAUACUUGGCUUUUAGAAGGCGAACAGAGAAAAUGCAGACUAGGAAAAAUAGGAAAAACGACGAAAGCUCAUACGAGAAGAUGUUGAAGUUGCGCAGGGAGCUCGCCACCGCCCUAAGUCUCCUGGAAAUGGUCGCACGGAGGGAGAAAGUCAAGAAGGAAAUGGUCAAAUUGACGGCCCUGUUGGCGGAGAAACGCUACGUCGCAAAGGACUUUACCAAUCAGCUGCCGGAACCGGUUGUCAGGCCACAGUUAACAACAGUGCCCUUGGCUAGUAUGCGUCGUGAAUUCGCAUAUCCACCCAGACCACCUUCAACUCCUACUUCAAUGGACACCCACCACAGUAGACAGCGCGAAAAACGUCCGUACAAGAGACGGAAACACAGACACCACACGCCCGGUUCCGUGCAAGGAGUGCGAGCAGAGGGUACAUCUUCGGAGGAAGAAUGUGUUUCGCCAAUCGAUGAUGGGCCGUUCUCAUUUCGAAGGAAGCCUGGGUGUUAUUAUGAAAUGCCAACUUCAACUUUGUACGGUGAUCCUGUGGAGUCGACAACUAGUGCGUCGAAACAAGGCUUGUUUGAACACGAAAUGGAUGAACGGACUAGGUUCAACCUAACAUCAGUUCGCAAUCCAUACCCACACUACAUUGGAUUCGCGCGGCGUCGCUUGGGUAGAGGCGGACGUGUCAUCUUGGACCGGGUCAAAACUGAGCUCGAUUCGCUAUGGUCGAAAUUGCCAAUACCCGAAAAGGAAAAACAGGAGGACUUGGAAAAUCAAAGGCUCCGAACACCAAAAGAGAUCACCAGAGAUUACCAUUCGGGUGGUAAGCAUCCGUGGAGACAAGCCUUCAGGAGACACCUCACCAGAAACCCACAUCUCUGGAUCGAUGAGCACGACGAAAGUGACGCCAAAAUGGAUAUCGACGACAUUAAAUUUGACUUCAAAAUGGACAUCGAUGACGUCACGAUGUCGGACGAUUUUAAAUUGGAUGUGGACAGUCCCAGUUUUGGUACUACGAGUAUGGAGGGUACCGAGGGUGUCGAAAGUGAUAGUGCCAAAGUGGGAACUAGUGUCAGUGAUGUGAAUCGGACCAUAGACAGUGAAGUGCGCGGUAAUCUCAAGCGUGUGAUGCGGAAGCGGGUCUGGAGUUCGAGUACGGAUUAUGACUCUGAUGACAGUCUGAAACCAGUGGAGAGAGAGUUUGAGAGUUUCAUCACGGACGUUCAGGACAAGUGGAUUCACUUCCGGCCAAAGACACCAUCACCGUCACCACCUCCAACGGAGAAAGUGACCCCACUCAGCCGCGAAGCUCCCAUUUCCGUGGAACUCAGCACGGGUCUUGAUACAUUCACAACAGAGUUCAGACUGAAGGACCUCUAUGACGUGAAGGAAUUGGACGGCACAGAUGAUAUCGAGAACUUCACCGGUUUUACCGAGGCUCAAGUUGAGAGCAUCUUGUCCGAGACUGAUCUCAAGGCGUUGGACGAUAAGAGGUUGUCGGAUGACCUGUUUGAGGAGCUGGUCAAGGAUGUCAGCAAGGAUUCUUUUUUAUUGCAAGGCCAGAGCGUCCCCGGGCGUACCGUCUCUGGCCCGCGGCGUCGCGAGCCUUUCGGCUCCACGAGCGUGCGCGUGAGCUCGGUUAGCGAACCCCUGCACCUGCCCACGCCCACGCCCGUCCAGAACCACGAACUCCCUGCCCCCACCACCACCCCCGCCCCGCCCACGCCCCACGCCACUAAGCCCCAGCCCCAGCCCGCACAGGAGGCGGUGCCCACUUCGAAGAUCAUCGUAGAGGAGGUUAACGAGGUCAACCAGCCAAUCAACGUGGAGAAACGCGAGAUCAAAGAGGACAUCCCGACCGUUCAACUGAAGACUGUGCAAAAGAAGCAUAUAAUUACGUCGCGGAGGCCUGACGUCACCAUUGUGACGUCAGACGCGCACUCGCAGCUGGUCACGGUGGCUGUCUCUGACAGUUUGAAGGUCCGUCUCGGAAAUCAGGCAACGACUAGCCAAGGUACGGUGGUGGGGUUACUUCAAAACGGACCGUUCGCGGUUACGUUGCCAGUUCAUUCAAGGGAUAUUGGUGCAACAACUACCAUCACAUCGGGGAGCAUACCCACUGUGGCCAACAUGACUAACAUGACCAAUCUGAGCAUGGCUAACAUGCAGUCGAUGGCCAACGUCUCCAUUCCGACAAUAUCCAACCCCCGCCGACCGGCCCCCCUAGUCCAAAUAGCCCACAAACCGUUAAACCCAACGGUUGUGGUCUCCCCUCAACAGGGGAAGCUGAAGGUCCUCCACGCUCACCCCAUCUCGAACACCCAGCGCGCCCAGCUCUUGGCCCAGAAUAGGCAGCUGUUGCCGACUGUUGUGUCAUUGGCGACGAUCGACUCCAAGCCGACGCUGCUGAAGGCGCCGGUGACGCAGUUCUUCGAGAUCAAGUCUGGACAACUAUCGAAGCCGCAUUUGGUCAGCCUUCAGGGGAAGAGAUUGGACUUUGAUAAGAAGAGACAGGUCGUCUUUGAUGGAACAUUAAAAGGCAAUAUUCGACCGCGCUUCAGUCUGGACGGUCGACAUAUUGUACGGGCAACGUUGCCGGUGAGGAAUGUUCGCCAUCAGAUACAAUUGAAGAAUCGAGUUGUUUCGACCAUACGACAACCCGAGCCUUCUACCAGCGUCACGAACAUACCAGCGAACAUACCAGUGAUGAAAAAUGUCCAAAUGCCCAAAGUGACAAAUGUCAUACCGAACAAGCUGGACAGACCGACUGGACAAAUGAGCAAUGUCAUACCAAAAGUGGACCGGCCGAUAGGACAAAUGAACAAUGUCAUACCAAAAGUGGACCGGCCGAUAGGACAAAUGAACAAUGUCAUACCAAAAGUGGACCGGCCGAUAGGACAAAUGAACAAUGUCAUGCCAAAACUGGACAGGCAGACGGGGCAGAUUAAUAAUAUCAUAGCUAAAGGGCAGAAGAUUGCUAUAUCCGGUGGGCAAUUGUCGGCUAAUGUUCAAGCGAUCGCCUUUACGACCGCUCAAUUGAAAGCCAGACAGGGACGCCUGAUCACACAGCCCAGGGCUACCACUGUUGCUGAACUCGAACCGACAACCUCCGCAUCUACCUCCAACGCCAACGUGGCUGACACUCCCAGCGAAGGUGAAACCAACGGGUCCGUGCGACGGCGCACCACAGAUAACCUACCGAUGGAGGUCACGUGACAAACGAACGCUGUAAAGGAUAUUAGUGCUAGUGACAGUGUUAAGUGUGUCAAGUGUCAAAACGAUGGCAAAAGUGUUUUAGGCCCGAGUUGCGCUGGUCAUAGAGUUAAACCUAUGGGUGAGUUGAUUCAUUGUGACCCGGAUAAGGGCCAAAGUCGUUGUGACUCAAAUAAAUGUAAAAUUGAUUAUGACCCCAAUCAUGCCAAAUUUCGUCAUGAGAUCAAUAACUGUGACCCAAUUAAUGUAAAAAGUCCUCAUGUUGUAAAUAACUGGAACUUGAUUCAUGCCAAAAGUCAUCAGCAUAAUAAUUGUGACCAAAAUCAAGUCAAAAAUCGUUGUGAGGCAAUUAAUUUGCAAAAUAAAGGAAUCAAACAGAAAUCAGUAGGUCUUAACCUAAAUAAUGACCAAAGUCGACCAAGUCACUGCAACUCUAAUCAUGAUGUUUGUUAUGAAAAUCUUGAUAAUUUAAACUUAACAGUAACAGUAGACACAAAAAAGACAAAUAAUGAUAAAGUUUUGGAUAGUGAUAAAAAAAUUGAUGACUUACACCAUGUUAGAUUUUUAAACAAGUUAAAUCGGUACUCAAAUCAUAUUAAUAAUAUUUAAAUAAUAAUGAAUUCAAAAUCAACUUUUGCGAAACUAGUCUUCACUUAAUAAUGAAAUAGAACAAAUAUCGGUAACUAAUCAUUGUGACAUACCAUGGAUAUGCAUAUUAAAUGAAAAUAAUCUUAAAUAUUUGAUGAUGACUUUCUAAAUAUAUUAAUUGACUAGUCUUCGCUUAAAAAUCAAAUAGAAUAAAUAUUGGUAACUAAUCAUUGUGACAUACCACGAAUAUACUUGUUUAUUGAUUUAAAAUAAUCUUUAAUAUUUGAUGAUGACAUUCUAAAUAUAUUAAUUGACUAGUCUUCGCUUAAUAAUGAAAUAGAACAAAUAUCGGUAACUAAUCAUUGUGACAUACCAUGGAUAUGCAUAUUAAAUGAAAAUAAUCUUUAAUAUUUGAUGAUGACUUUCUAAAUAUAUUAAUUGACUAGUCUUCGCUUAAAAAUCAAAUAGAAUAAAUAUUGGUAACUAAUCAUUGUGACAAACCAUGAAUAUGCUUCUUUAUUGAAUUAAAAUAAUCUUUAAUAUUUGAUGAUGACAUUCUAAAUCACAUAUUAAUUGACAUUUAAUUACAAUCUUUAGUUUUAAUGGACAAAAUAUGAUAUGAUUAUAUUAGGGCAGAAACCCCACAUUAGGAUGAUUAUAGAACAAUUUAAAAAAAUGCCCAUCGUUAGGGCAAAAAAUCUUCUAUAUAGGGCAAUCCUUAUAUGGAGAAAUUCCCUGAAAUCAUAAUAAUGAGGAUAUUUUGACAUACCAUGUAUAUACAAAUAUUAGUUAUUACAUAUAUUAAGAAGUAUUUGAAUAAACCAUUCUAUAUAUAAAACUACAUGCUUGGACUUGAUAUAUUUUCAUGGAUUCCUGCAUAUAGUUAGUAGGAUUAUUCCCGAAUAUAAGGGAUGAUAUAAGGGAGAUACCUUGUUAGGCAUUUCUUUGCCCCUGCGUUAAUAAUUUAAGUGGCUGUGACAAAUAGAUUUAAUUCACAAAUGCCAGCCUCAAUGUGGAUUAUAACUAAUAAUGUCUGCUGGGGUAUUAUGGUUAAGAUAUAUGCUGGAAAAAUGUCGGUAGAUUUAAAAAAAGUCGAAUUAAAACCAUAAACUGUUGAUAUUAAAAAUUUUAAGCUACCCUCCAUGGUAAUUGGAUUAAAUAGGUAGAAAGAAAGCUUGAAAUAAAAUGGUUUGCAGAUAAGAAUUAUGAAGUUGUCCUCAAUAGACUACCCUCAUUUUCGAUAGUUAUAAUCCACUAGUUUGUUUAUUAAUUGUAAAUAUUUAGCUUUUUAGCUCUGAUAGGUGAAAUUCAGAAAGUUUAAAUAAAAGUAUGAUUUCAUUUUGAAACGUAUGAAACAAUUUUUGAAUUGGACUGAUUUUCUAUAAAAUUUUCUUCGUCUUAUUACGCCUGGUUGCAAAUAAAAACGUUGAAACUACUCCUUGUAUGGACUUGCACACGUUGAUUGUACAGUAUUUGUUGCUAUAGUUAAAAUCUUGACGAAAAAAAUAUUGAUGAAAUAUCUUAAGGUAAUAUUAAAUUGCUCCUAAAUGUUCUAUAUUACUAAUAUAGAAAUAGAAUGUACUAAAGCUAUAUUUAAUUUGGUAUUUUUCAUGGCUGGCAUUGUAUAAAUUGCUCUUUGCAUAGAGUGUAUAUAUGUAAAUAACCUGGCAGGCCCAGUGUAUGUAUGUCCUGUCCAAAAUAUUAAUUCGUAUGCUUACGGCCGGAGCGCGGACUAUACACGUCGCCAUGGUAUCUUGGCACUUGCUAAUAUGUAGUCUGCAUCAAUGGGCCGAGUGAAUAGCUUUUAUCCAUGAUUUUGUAAUUUAAACAGUAAUGUUAUAAUCCUGGCUAUGUUCAAACUGACUUGAUUUAUGUUAUAAACUGUAAUAAAAAUUAAAUGACAUUUGUUUUUUUUUAAUUAGUUUUGAAUUUAAAUAAUUGAAUAUAUUCAAGGAAAUAUUAUCACUCAGGAGUCAGAGUGAGAACUCUAAAAGUUGUAAUAUCUUGAUUCUGAAAACCCUGUUUUUAAUAACAUCUAAAAAAUGAUGGUAAAACGAGAUUUUUAAACUUUAAGCUUCACAUUGACAAACAAAUUGUUAUAAUGUUAUUAUCCCAUUCGAUUGAAAAUAAUUUGCGUGUACCCGCCAUUAACUUACAAAGGUCAGUUUGAACAGCCUUCAAGUCCGUUAUGAUGACGAUAAAGUGAGAAUUGAAAUUGUAUUUUUAGACACAUUUUCAAGUUUUUUGCAAAGUUACAGGUGGUUUCAAAACCACUGGUUUAGCUCAACAGUUAACAGUCGUUUUCAUUGAAAGAAUAUGGAUAGACAGCUGUCAGAUAGACGUUAUUUUUAUGUAUUACAAAUGCUGGUACACUGGUACACAAUAGGAAUAGCGAUAUCAACCAUUACUUUUAGUUUUUCUGAAGGAGAAUCAUACGGCAACCGAUAUGUAUUGGUUAAUAUUUGCCCAUUUGCCUACUGGUCUAUAAAACAGAAGCAGCAGUAUAUUACUGAAGUAUUUCCGAAUCAAAGUCUGUUUCUGUCUCUGACAACGCACUUGCCAGCCCUAUAGUAUUUAGAGUGUCUAUGGGCGGUAGGUAUUUCCCAAUCAUUUCUGGCUAGGGUUCUCAAAGUCAAAGAGCUUACCAAUUCUUCAAAAGCAAAUAUAAAAUACACAGAUGGCCUGAACAUAUCUUAAAAGGAAUAGAUCAAUUUUUAUUUUACAGAAAUCUAAUCAGUAGAUAUCGCUAUUCUUAUAAGCUGUACUGGCCCAUUGCGAUAAGAUUUAUCGACUGUAUACGAUUUAUGUGUUUUGGGACGUCAUCAAUUGUAGUUGACCUACCCUCAGUGUACAAAAUUAUUGAAGGUACUCUAUUUUGACUUUAUAUGUAAAUAUGUGUGAUUCGAAAAUAGUUAUUCAAGUCAAGUAAAGUUGUUAUAUUGAGGGUACUUUCAAAUUAGGAUGCCAUGAAGGCAAAUUUGAGUUUUAGUAUUCUCAGUAUAUAAAAUUGUUCAGAGUACUCCGUUUUGAACAAUUACAAAAAAACUAGAAAAUUUUAAUAUUGAGGGUACUUUCAAAAAAAAUUUUUUUUGUUUGGUUGACGUCCUAUAUUUACGUCUAAUUAAUUAAUUUUUGAAUCUAAUACUUGUAAAGAAAUUGUCUCUAGUGUGUAAUUAAUGCAUUGGGGAUGCACAAAGCUCUAGUGUAUUGUGGGAAUGUAAAAUUAAAGAUGGCGUUUGUGUAGCAGGAAUACCUAUUGUAAGAUAAUUACGAUAAAUGUAUAAGAAUAGUCGAUUCACGUUAUCGUUACUAAAACUGGUUAAGGAGUUUCAUUGUAUUUGCGAGUGAGGAACCGCCAUUUUAAUUUGACACUCUCGGGCCGAUAGGCUAUCGGUGUAUAAUAAAAAAAAACGCGACCAUUCGCGCCAAAAAAAAAUGUUUAACUUAGUAAUUGUACAAAGGCCGCAAAUUUGGGAAAAAAUGUAAAAAAAUGCCCCUUUUUGGGGCCACACAUACGCUUAGUAAUAUAGGAUGUACGGUAGUAGCUCGCACUAUAUGAAGCCAGCUUGUAAAUAAUUAAUGUGCGGAGUGUAAUUUAAUUGUACUGUUAUUCAAUUUCAAUGUAGAUUCUUUUCAACUGGAAAUUGCUGAAUUAAACGAAUGAUUAUGUUU